UCAUCAUCAAAUUCGCAAAACACCACUCAUCAAUAUCUUUCCUUACCCCACCUUUAAGUUCUGUUGAUUAUAAGCUCUCAGCCACAGGUCUCAACUACCUACACAUAUCACACUCACCCCACCCCAUCCUUCAAGAUGUGCUCUUUUCUCAUCCGCGACAAAAAUGCAGAAGCUCGUGACCAGAACCAAUUCAAGUAUCGUCGCACCAAUUCGGUGUUUAACCCUGCGGAUGGCAAAUAUAUCAUCCGAAGUGACGUGGAGGCCAUUAGAGCCGGUCAACGUUCAUUCUGGAUAGACGGUCCUCAUCCUAUUACAUUUAAACCAAAGACCGUCUACGACGGCGGCCCCAAGCCCGUGUUCAAGACGGUUAACUGGAGUGGCGGUGCGGACGCGAAUCGAAAGGAACCCCCCCGAAGUACGGUUCAUCGCGAGCCCGCCAAGCCCGUGUUCAAGACGGUUAACUGGAGUGGCGGGGCAAACCCGAUGCGAAAGGAAUCUCCUCGCGGUACGGUCCAUUACGAUUAAGUGAGCGAGCUCACCUACACGACUAUGCUCCCUCGAGCCUGACGCCAUUUUUAUGAAUCCAACAAGGUUAUGCACAAGCUUAUAGGGGGAUCUGGGCUUGGUAAUGCUGGAUUGAUUGAUUGAUAGUUAAGGCUUAUGAUGUCUUGACGAGAUAUAUCAAGCCAAUUUGGAUUUGCUUUUCUAAGGGGGAGGAUAUGGGUAUUGGCAUUACUCUUUUGCAUUUGAUAGUGGAG